GGCUGCGGCAGGCGUUAAGCGAGCAUGCCCUCAUUCCAACUGCAUCCUCCUCCGGCGAGCUACGUCGCCCCUCGGAGCUUCAUGACCCACGGGUCGCCGCCCUCUCAGCGCUGCUGCCGCCCGCCAGCACCUUCUUCCCUGCACCCGCUCUGGCGGCCUCCUCACCCCGCCUCCUGGACGCCCUGGCACAGCUGGGCAUGGCACGAACCGCCGACAUGCGAGUCUUCCUGACGGCCGCACGAGCCCUGCAUGACGAGCACGCGGCGGCUGCGGCAGUAGCUACUGUGGGGGCGGCGGCGCGGCCGCCGCUGCCGUCUCCGCCGGCAGGCGGCGGCGCAGCCGCCGCAGCCGCAGCCUCCGCAGCGGCCGCAGCUGCCUCGGUGGGUGUGGAGGAGUCGCUGUUGCCGCGAGCUCGUGCGUUGCUGAAGCACCUGGAGAGCUGGGCGGCGCAGCGAGCUGGGACCAGCAGCGCUGCUCGGGGCGAGGAGGAGCAGCGGUGCUGGUCGCAGCUGGCGGGACUGAGCUGGUCCCCCGUGGUGAAGGAGGCGCCGGAGCCGGGCUUGCCCUGGUCCUCCGCUCAGCAGCCCCUGCUGGCACCUCCCCGGCUCUGCCGCCCGCCCGGCGACGCAUGGCUGGUCAGCGCCACGCUGCACAUCCUGGAGCGACCCGUGGGUCAGCAGCUGGCAGCCGCACUGGGCUGGGACAUGCCACCCAGGGUUAGCGUGCUGGCAGCUCAGCUGCUGGAGACGGGUCGGCUGCACGCCCACCGGCCCACAGGCAUCCUGUCCGCAGCAGCAGUUCCAUCGUCGGGUGCGAUAACCUCGGAGCAGGAGCAGAGGACCGAGGGUGACAGCUCUGGGGUGGCUGCCGGCAGCAGCAGCAGCUCCUCGGAAACUGAGGUUGCUGCGGGCAGCGCUGAGGCGACAGCCACUGACGCUGGCAGCGACAGCAAUAGCAAGGCCCCUGCUUCGGUCCCUGUCUCCGCCGGUACGGCAUCUCUCAUCAAGGCCUUGGAUCGAGCCGUACAUUUGCUGUACGGCGCCCUAUCUCAGGCGAUUGACGGAUCGGAGGGGGAUCUGGUGAUGAUGAGCUUUGAGCGGCAGGAUUCCCCGGUGGUGUGGGUGGGCGAGGCGUUUGUGACCCCUGGGUCUGCGGCCCUUCACUUUGAGGGCGACUUCCGGCCUUACCUCUGGGUGGUUCCGGAGCCGCUCCACCAGUACGACAAGCUGCUAGCGCUGAUGGGCGUGCAUGACAGGUUCACCGCACAGCACUUCGCAGCCGGCCUCGCCGGCCUCGCGUCCGCCGCCUCCGGCUCGCCACUCGACGACACCGCACUGGCGUUGGCGUUACAACUCGCCGACUGCGCCGCCGACGCACUGGCUGCCUACGGUGUCCGACCCACGGGUCACUUCUUCGUGCCGGACGCAUCGUCCGUGAUGGCGCCGGCGAGCGAGCUGUUCUUUAACGAUGCCGAGUGGCUGGACACUCGGGAUGUGCAGCUGGCACACGGGGCGCUGCCGCAGGCUACUGCUGAGGCGCUUGGAGUGCGGAGUCUGCGCUACUCGGCCGAGGUGGAGGCUCAGCGCACCGCGGUGCUGCCGUGUCCCUCGCCGGCAGAGCUGCGGGAGCGGCUGGGGCUGCAGGCGCAGGCCGAGUCGUCAGUACCAACAGCAACCGCCACCGCGUCCGCUGCUGCCGCUGCUGCUGCCGCCGAGUCCGCCGCUGCAACCUUCCUGUUUGAGCUGCUGGAGGUAGCUGACGCGCUGGGGUCCCGGGGGCUGCGACUGGUGUUGGACAGGCGGCAUCAUCCCGCGCAGUCGCUGCUGCAGCCCGCACUUGCGGCGUUCCAAGGCCCCGCGCUGUGUGCCGUGAUGCCCGAUGUGGUCCUCAGCGCCGAGGAGGUGGCGGGGCUGGUGGGCAGCCGCGCGCAACCUCCCGCGGUGCGGGGCCGUGCCACCGCCUACUCGGCUGGGCUGCAGUCGGCCUUCCUGGUCUCGGAGCUGCUGCAGGUGGUUUCCGGCAGCUGUUCCUACAUGUUUGAUCCCAGCGGCGCUUAUCUGGGGGGCAGCACCGGGUCCGGAGCCGGAGCCGGCGGGAGCGCAGGUCGGAGCAGCAGCGGCAGCGGACCUUCUCGGUCCCGUCAUGCGGGCGGCCUAGCCACCCCACGUGCCAAGCAGUACCUCCACGUCUCCUCGGACCUCACCACCACCUUUGCGGACCAGUUUGCGGUCUGGAGCUUUGCAGAAGGGUACGACAUUCGGCAGCAUGUGAGCGCUACACUGAUC